GAGCCCUCAGGGCUCGCUCUCCCUCAGAGUAUCGGUCACACAGCGCCCCUUCCCCGGAGCGAGCCCUUUGCUGGGCCGUGCGGCACCCGGGCAGGGGGCCCGGCGGGCGCGGGCACAGAGCGGGGCUGGUGGCUCGGGGCGGGCUCGGAGCCCCCGAGCUGAGGCUGAGGGUGAGGGUGAGGGUGUUCACGGGGCACGGCCGCCGCUCCGCAGCUGCACCGCGGCCCUCGGCUCUAAGGGAUGCUCUAAGGUGUCGCCCCUCAUUCCCCGGGAUAACACCGUAGCCCCGCCUGGGAGUCCGAACCGCGGUGCUCGAGCUCCCGCUCUGAAUGGCCACUGGGUCCUUCGUUGGUUCACACAUGGAUGUUCCAGCCUUGGUCGCAUCCUGGGCGUCUGUUCUCCUACAAGGUCACUGCAUCUAGAACUGUAUAACUGCUCACAGCACCUAUUUGUAAGUGUUAAGGAAACAUCAGAAUUUAAUGACACUGAACAUUUUGGGCUGCAGAGGUCUUGCAGGUGUGGGAAAUGUAAAACCAGAACUCCUAAGACUCCAGGGAAAAGACUUCAGCCUGUGGUUAUAUUAUGCGUAGGAAGUCAUCUUUUGAAAUCAACAGAUCAUGGUGACACCAAACGUGUCCAGAGUCUCUGUUGGGCUGAGGCCUUGGUCAUUAAUCAUAGUUUAAAAUUAAAGUAUUAAAAUUAAAAUUUACCUCAUUGUAAAAUGAGCUUCACAAGGAACGUGUUUUGCACAUGGUACAGACCCUCAAUCCACAGUCUGAAAGUAAUUUAGCAUGAGAAAGGGUAUUUAAUUUGAUAGUAGAUGCUGAGUGUUUCAUGUCCUCGGGUAGUUUUAAUUUGUGGGACGUGACUGCUGUGCAGUUGCUGUUUGGUUUUGAGGAGCAGUGUCUGUGUACCCAAGGAAGCCUUCAGAGAGUGAGGGUUGCCCCCUUUUUUUGAUGACUGGCAGACCUCAGGCACACUUUGGCAAGGUCGGUGCUUUGUUCUCCCAAGUUUGCACCCUGUAAUUGUUAUUUUGGAAGUAAUCCUUACUCUUUUCUGUAAUUACCCAUCUAAUCAUCUGGUCAAAAGCGGUGGCAAAAGUUGCAAAGAGAAAUGGAACAGAAAAUGGCCGAGGUGCAGGGCAGCCUCUCGGUGUGUGCCUGGCUUGCAGGGGCUGCACAGGUGAUGGCCAGAGACAAACCUCUGCCACGUUUCCGUGUCCAGAGCUCUGCGGUCAGGGCGGGAGCCACAGUUUCACCUUGGGGUGGCUCUGGCAACUACAGAUCCCAGGGAGCGCUGCCGAUCGCACUCGGCGCGGGGCCAAUGGCAGCGGGGACCUCCCCAGCCCCGCGCGUGUCAGCUGCCCGCGUUCAAAAGCGCCGCACGGGGCUCGCUCCGCGCUGCCGCUGCCUGUUACCCCGGGCUGCUUCCCACUGUGGGAGCUCCCGUCUGUGUAUCCUGUGCUCCGCAGCCUCCCUGCCGCCUGGGAAAAGCAGCGCCGAUGGAUGCGAUCCUGAGCUGCAAGCCGGAGGACCUGGAGGAUUACUACAACUUGCUGGGAUGCGAUGAGCUAUCGACGGCUGAACAGAUUCUUGCUGAAUAUAAGAUUAAAGCCCUUGAAUGUCAUCCUGAUAAGCAUCCUGGAAACCCCAAAGCAGUGGAGAAUUUCCAGAAGCUGCAGCAAGCCAAGGAGACCCUGACCAACGAGGAGAGCCGGGCGCGUUACGAUCACUGGCGGCGGAGCAGAGUGAGCAUCCCGUUCCAGCAGUGGGAGGCGCUGAGCAGCUCCGUGCGAACGUCAAUGCACUGGGCUGUCCAAAGUAAGAAGGACCAAAUGCUGGAAGCUCCUGACUUUGGAAAUACCAACAACAUAACUACUGAGAUGUGGACCCAACAGACAGAAAACAAUGGAGAUGGAUUGUUGGAAGGGAGCAGGGAGCAGGAAGAUGUUGCAAUUCCUGGUGUGAAACCACAGUCUUCAAAGAAUCCAGACUCCCCAACAAAAAUUUAUGUAUUGGGUUCCACUUUGAAACUGAGCAUUGUCUGUUCCUGUCUGCUGGCCUGGUUGAAUUCUGGACUAUCAUCUACAUGGUUAUUUCAGCUCAAACAAGAGAUUUGAACACUAAUUCUGCUCAUAGGAUUGAGUUUGCUGGAAAAGGAAGGUAGGUCACAGUUUAGUAUUGAAAGGCCCCAGAUCAGGUGCUCGCAGAUUUAUCACAUCUCCAUCUUCUUCCUGGCAAUGUGUUCAGUUGUCCUUUGUGAGUCCUCUCUAGGCACUGCCAGGGUCCUUGCAGUUCUCCUUUGGACCUUCCCAGCUGAUCUCUGUCCUGAAGGUUGGUGUUUGAGUUCCUGUUCCAACGUGCCAAGAACUCAUUGCUUGUAUUUGUCACUGCCAGUCAAGAGUACUGGAAGUCACCACUUUUCUGCUU